ACAAACGUUCAGUGCAAAACAAACUGUGAUUGGACAGAAUAAUAUACAAGCGUAAUUUACAGGUGUCUGUCCUCGUCGCUUUUUGAUGACGUUGUGCGUUGAGUCGUAAACAUGGAGGAGAGAGAAGCGCUGAAGAGACAGAUUGAACUUCUUCAAAAUCUCAUCAACAAACACAAAAGUGUCCAUGGGAACACUCCUUUCACAGAAGUUGAGCAAAGGUAUCCAGAAGCUUCAACUUCAACCAGAGGCAGAGGUCACAGCAGAUCUAUCAGAAGGAGUUCAUAUGCUCCUGGAAGUUGGAGAAAAACGUAUUCUCUGAGAAACAAGAGCUCUCAAUCCUCUGACAUACAUCCUUCCGCUUCUACCUCCUCUGUGCAUCAGCUUGGUUCCCAACACCUGUCUCAUGGCAUCUCAGUGUCCAACCACAGCAGAGAAGAGGAAAGUGACCACAACCAAACUGCCACUCAACAGAGUCAGAAGGGGCAAAUGAGUCGCAUCACAGGUAUCAGUGAAGGUGCACUGAAGAAAACAUCCACAUAUUCACAGUGUAAAAAAUGUGAAGGGACUGCUGUGACUCAGCAUGAAGGUGGAAAGGCAUGUUCAAACCCAGUAGGCAAACGUCAACAUGAACAGUGUGAUCAGACAACUGAAAGCGGACUCUUUGACCCUACAGGGAAACAAAUCUGUGUUUUUUCAGAAGCGCAUCCUUCAGUCAAUGUCAAAGCAUCAACAAGUCUCCAGAGCAGCUCUCGACUACAGAUCAAGCCAAUCCUCAACCAAAAAGUCAGAGCUGAAUCCAACCAGAUCACCACUCAGACAAUUCACAUGACUGGCAAGACUGGACCACAUCCUGGUGUAACUACAGUAGCAAAACAACCUUCACUUAACCCUUCACCUCAAAAGAGGACCAUCCAAGUUGGAGAAUCUUUUAUCAAAAAAUCCAAGUUUACAUGGGUAAAGCACCAGAAUAUAAAAGCAGCCGAGCCCAGACAAGGAAGCUCUAUUUCAUCUUCUACAGGCAAAGCUCUCGCAGUUCUCCCAGUGUCCCUUUCAACGCCAGGAGUUACUGGAAGCUCCCACUCAUGCAGCAUCAGUAAGAAAACCCCUGCCAAGAGGUUACCUCGAAAGAUUAACCCAGUCACUGUAGUUCCCAAGACCUCCAAGUACAGAUGGGUCUCCUCCUCUGCUCUAACCCAAAGCAAGACGCCUCGAAAAACAAUUUCCCCAAAGACCUUGACACCGGCUCAGAGAGCUCUGGGGAAGCCUGAAGCCACAGUGAAACUUAGAUUGAGCUCCACUCCUUCUAAAAUGAAGAGAGGAACCAGCACCUCACCUGGCAGCCGGUACCGCUGGAAGGCGGGUGGUCAGGUUACCUCUGUGCCAAUGACAGGGAGUUCUGUGGCCCGUCGUAGAUCUGCCUUCCACUGGACAUCAGAAAAGAGCAACAUGGGAGUAAAAGGAGUGCUUGUUACUCCCUCAUUACUACCUCAACAUGCAUCACUGCCACUCUCGUACCCUGGUGGAUUCAAGCUCCGCAGCAGGAUGAAAAUUAUUAGGAGGUCUGCCAGCAGUGCAUGUGGGACAGAGAAGGGGAGCAGCCCGUUGCGGAGUCGAACACACACCUGGAGCAGGAGUCCAACAGGAGUCCGGAGGGCACCCUCCAGGCUCGUGUCCUUUGGGAGACAUAAGUUGCGACGUCUCUCCCCGUCUAUCUUAUCAAGGACAACUCCCACCUCUGGCCAUCGCAGCCCGGCCUCACAGCGGGUGUUCAGGACUCGUUACAAGAUGGUGACCCGGCCAGGCUGCAGCGCGGCAAACGCCCUCCCCUACAGCCCUGCCUUCUCCUGGAGAGUCAAGAAGGUCCAGUCUGCCAGGAGUUUCCUGCAGAACCGUGGUCGGGCUCCUCCCGACAGGCCCCUGUCGUCCAUGCAGCCCUGGAGAGGAAGCAGCAUGUGCUGGAUCCGUGGCUCUCUUUACCGGGUGUCGGCCAACAAGUUGUCUCGCACCGUGGCGUCCAACCACUGGAGGUCCUCCAGUGCCCAGGUCUCAUCCUUGCCUCCUGCUUGGAAUCGAUACUCUACUAGUCGCCACUUGGCCAGCCGUGCAGUCCAGCGGAGUCUCGCCAUCAUCAGACAUGCUCGUCAGAAGAAGCAGCAGAGGCAGUACUGCAUGUACUACAACCGCUUCGGCAAGUGUAACCGUGGCAACAGCUGUCCCUACAUACACGACCCAGACAAGGUGGCCGUCUGCACCAGGUUCCUGCGCGGGACGUGCAAACAGGCCGAUGGAACCUGCCCGUUCUCACAUAAAGUGGCUAAAGAGAAGAUGCCUGUCUGUUCCUAUUUCCUGAAAGGAAUCUGUAACAACAGCGACUGUCCUUACAGCCACGUCUACGUGUCCCGCAAAGCUGCAGUUUGUCAGGAUUUUGUUAAAGGCUACUGUCCCGAGGGAGAGAAGGUCUGUGAUUUUUUCCUGUGUGUGUGAGCGUGUUUGCGCCUGAGUGCAUGUGUGUUUAUAGAGCGCUGUACUGUGAGGCUCUGGCGGCUCUAUGAUGGAUAGCAGGCAGUAAUUAUAGAUGGGAAAAGUGCUGAGGAUGGCACUACGGACCAGGCAGGCAGUCGCUCCAGCAGCUCAGGGGUUAAGUCUGAUCCUCGCCUCCAUCCUGCAUCCUCCUCCUCAAACACUUGCCAUCAUCCUGCCUCAGCUUUGUCUCACUCUCACAAGAUCUGUCUUUGCUUUCCGAAUUCAUACCUCUCAUUUAAUUACUGCAGAGCUAAGUAAUUAAACUUGUUUCAUGAUGUCAAAGGUGGCCUCAGCAUCAGUUAUGAUUUCACAUAAGUUCCUUGACAACACACUUACAUUUUGUUGUAUGUUGAGUGUUUGACUUCACUAGAAGAUGUCGAUGAUGUUUGCUAGCAUUAGCAGUUUCAUCCCAGGUGUUCUCAGGUUAGACACAUGCUGCCCCAGUGGAUUGUGCAGAUCUAAUAGUGAGUAUUUGGUCGACAAUGAGUUUGACAAAUGACUCCGAGAGAAGCAACAGAACCAAGCGUGACAUAGUGUGAGACUGGUGCCUUUGGUGAUUUCUCACUCCAUGUGUCACAUCAUCAUAGCCACAAGAGAGAAACAUUUUACAUUAAAAACACACUGACUGCACAAGUUCACUUUCAAACGGUGCUAAUGUAGAUCUGAACAAGAAUUAAGACCCAGUGACGGUGUGAAUUAGUGAUUUGUUAAGACUCUAACAACCUGCUCUCAUUUAUUGUUCUGUCCUGCUCAUAAGAUUUGGCUUCAGGCCCAAGAUGUAAAUGCAUUUAAUUUUCAUUUUACUGUCCUUUCUGAUCCCCCGCCUCCCUCCUCCUCCUCCUUUCUUGCUUCUUUUGCUUCCCCUCUCAGUCUCUUGGUAAAUGUGCUGACUCCUCCUGGUUUUGGCCCAGCAGAGAGCUCUCUAAUAGGCCCCAGAGACGUCCCAGCAUUCCUUAAAUCAAGUGGAAAAUUGUUAACUUGGUGUGGGAUAAAGACGUUCUGUCCACUUUAGCUUUUUUCCAUCGCUCUCUAUCUCUCUGUCUGUUUUUAUGAAAAUGAGGAUGUACGAAGCUGUGGAGCUUUUUCACUUCAUUUCUCUGACACUGGUUACAAAUGUUGAGCUUUACCCUUUGUGUGCCUUCAUGUAGCCGUGUGCAGACAGAAACGCUGUCCCUCUGAUCACCAGCAGCUUAUUUCACUGUGAUAAAUGAACAUCGUGGAUAAAUUACUGAGUCGUAUAAACUUAUGGUUCAGCAUGUGAUGGUAAAAUGCAGUGCAUACAUAUUCUGAGGUGAAUUCUGACGCUGGUUGGAGCUUCCUUUCUUUUCUAAAACCUUUGUCUCUAAUCAAGUAAAAGCUGUUUUGACUGAUAUAACUGAUUAGCAUCAAUCCUUAGAAUUAAAGGUUUUAUUCAUGACAGAAAAUUUUACUUUACUUUGCCUAACUAUAAAAUAACAGUGCAUGAUAUAAUAGACCCUAAAGGGGUCAGUCGUGAUGUCAUGCACCAGAUUUAAACCCCUGGGAAUCACUGACACCGGUGGUAGACCUCAUUUGUUGAACAAAAUGUUGUGUCGAAACCGCAGCCCUAUAAGAUGAUCCAGAGAAACAUUUGACAGCGAGCUGAUCCCGGGCUGCCCUGGCACCCUGGGGUGCAGGAACAUGGGUGUGAGGGCAGUAACAGGGGGAUCCAGUGGCAGCAAGUCAGGGACGCCUGACUCCAUAGACAGUUGACCAAGAGUCCACAGCCUUCCUGGAAAAUCCGUCUCAAGAUCCCACACGCACACGCGGCCUGUACACACACUAUUUCUGGCCCGGCCUGCCUCCCAGCGCUGCACUCCUCACCCGGGUGCACGCAGACACGCACUCCCUGCAGCCUGCACCCCGGGGUGAAUAUAAUUAGCUCCUCUGACAGGUGGGAGGGAUCAGAUCUCGUGGAGAAUGAAGCUACCAAUUUACACCCAUAUUACACUGUCAUACACACUCAGUUGCAAACAUGCAUGUGAAAGCCUGCCCUCGUGCACAACGCUGCGCCACAGUGACACUACGCGACCCCUUCAAGGGAGAGGCUGAAGCAACGCACUCAUUGGUGUUGGAACCCCGCAUUAAGAGUUUGUACUGAGGAGCUGGGUCCCUUAAAUCAGUAGAACGGCCUGUUUAAUGCCUCAUACUAAAACUAUUCUGAAACAUGUUUAGCUGCUUCUGUGUCACAAUCUUAACCCUCUGAGGAGGACAGUCAUUUCUCUUUGCAUCUUACAGCUUCCUAUUGAUCGUAAUUUCAUAAAACUAAUAUCUGAAAGGCUGAGCGAGCAGAACGUCCAAGCGGCCGCUGCCUUGAUUUGCAUGGGAAGCAUUUGUAGCUUUCACAUUACUUGGUGACCUGUAAGGGUCUUUGCCUGUUUGUUCUUUCUAUUUGUUCAUAGCUCAUGCUGUAAAAUAUUGCUAGCGAAGCAGUUGAAAAUGCUUUGUGAAUUACAGAUUGUCCUAAUUUUGUCCAGACAUUUUUUAAUUUAAAAACAUAUCUUUUCUUUAGUGUAAAUGAGAGCAUCUAAAUACAUUUAGCAUCAGCCUGAAAUACCUGUAAAUGAAUUGUUGCUUUGAACCUGAGCUGUGAAAAAGGCUGAUUUUCUGUUCUUG